AUGCCAGAACUCGUGACAUUUCGAGCAGGAGUACUUUUCACGUUAUACCUUAAACGAGGUGAUAUGUGGAUUUUGGUCCCGGUUGGGUAUAGUGGUGCCGACGACGCUGCCCAACCUGGUGUAUUGGUCAGCGUUCAAACACUAGGAAGCCCGGAAACCCUGUUGUCGUUGUAUUCUGGCGGGGAUCCGGGUUUGACUCCAAGUGACGACAAUUUUUUGAUUAACAUAACAUCCGGAAAUUUGACAAUGCACGUGAUUGGGAAAGACGAGGGAAGUUAUACUUUUACUGCACAAGACGAAGGACAAAACUCCACACUGUUGGCUCAAGACCUACAGCAUCUAAAAUUGAUUAAUGUCAAUCAACUCUGUUUCCAAACAAAGCUCACGUCCAAAGCGACCGAGAUUGAGAUGUGCGCCUACAAUAGCUUUGCGCAAUUUCCAUUUCGAUUAGAUGGAAAGCGGUUGGAACGGACGGCUUGCACAAAAAUACUUUUUGUUGGCUCGCUGCACCUUUAUUGCUGUAGUGUGGCCGCUCCUUAUAUCCCUGGUCUUGUGCGUACAAUUUAUUUCGACGAUCAUGAUCUGGAAGAUUUGGCAGGGAACGUACUAUUGAUAGGAUUAUCUGAUUACGAAACCAUCGUUUUCAACGAGGUAUACCAGCCCUCUUACAUUACCUUACCCGAAGUACUCGAUCGCGACAUACUUGUCGUUGUCAUCUCCUCGUAUUGGCUUUAUAGCGCUACGACACACGCCGAGUUUUCAGAAUUACGAUGGGCCCGACCAACAAAACCUUGCCAAUAUCAACUUUUCUCUACAGAAGGUUUUACUAAUAAUGAAUCCGCAUUACUGGUAUUUGAUGACAACGAUCCCUUCCAAAAUCAGCCUCUCACCUCGGAGCUCUACUUUAUCUUGGUGCCUCGUGGGUGUCAGCCGACGAUUGCGGUUGCUCCAAAAACUUCUCAGUGCUUCGCCAUCUACCACCAUUGCGAAGGAUCCGUUUUUGCGACCGCACCGGGCUACAAAACACGUUUUCAUAGUGCUAUCCCGGCCUACGAUUAUAACACGACUUGGUUAUGCGACGCCUUUCAAAUUGACAUCACGAUCGAGUUGCUGGACUUCGUUAAUGGAGAUUUGACGUUAGCAAUACGAAAUCUUACAGAUGAAACCGUUCCUGGUGGAAUG